AUGAGUCAACUCAUGCUGGGCCCUGCCUCCUUGGUAAACCAUGGAGUACCAGAGAUGGUGACCCGUCAGUGCCAGAAGCGACGAGUGAUCAAUAUGCCAGGUGAGGAGCUAUUCAUCUCCUAUGGCACCAGCGAGUGGUUCACAGACCGUGGCUUGGUAAGCCAGAGUGCCAAGCCCGCACAGCUGCAGAAUUCCACAGGCUCCGAUUCCACGAAAGUGAAUCGUGAAGUUGAGCGGAUCAUGACACCAGCGUUCUUGAUCCCCAAAGACGUGGCAGACCCUGUGCUGCUGGACCAUGCAUUGCCCAUCGAAGAGGUGCUCCUUUUGCCGCUCUGGCCAGGGCGCAUCAACGAAGCAGAGCCACCCAACGUAGAGCUUCAAGUGAUGGUCGACGGUUUGCCAAUUCGUGACAUCAAGCGGAAGGCACAAGAACUUUGCGAUGCACCUGGGAUUCAGGUGGAUGUGGUGAUGACUGCUUUGAGAGACAUCUUAGAGGGCGAAAAGAUUCGUGCGCGGCCUUGUGGCGAAGGCUGCCUUGCCCCACUCGGCUGGGCGCGGCAGAUUUCAGAAGCCAGGCACGCAGCAGCAGAGGCAGGCGAUGUACAAGCACAGUUUCAGUUGGCACAGCGAUACCGCCAAGGCAUGCCAAACACUAGUGCGGUAGACAGCUCCCAGGCCCUGAUCUGGUACACCAAAGCCGCCCAGCAGAACCAUACAGCAGCAAUGCUGCAGCUGGGUGCCAUGCUACACGAUGGUGACAGCCUCGGGCGUCGCGAUCCCUACGGCGCUUUUGAAUGGUACCUGGCAGCUGCAAAGCAGGGCAGUGCCACUGGGCAGUUCCUGGUGGGCUUGGCCUACACCAACGGAGAUGGCGUGGAGAAGAACAUCUCCGAAGCCAGCGUGUGGCUGAGUCAUGCAGCGGCGCAGGGUAGCUCAAACUUUGCCAAAGCGUCCAAGGCCAUGUACAAUUUGGCCAUCGCAUAUCGUGAAGGCCUUGGCAUUGCCCCUGAUCUCCAGCAGGCUUUCUACUGGUGCCGGAAAGCCGCGGAAGAAGGGAACCAUGACAAGGCCAUGUUCAAUUUGGCUGUGGCCUACAGCCGUGGCGAUGGCACUGCAGUCGACUCCAAAGAAGCUGUCCGGUGGUAUCGGCGUGCUGCUGAGAUGGGACAUGUUAUGGCUCAGUACAACUUGGGCUACGCUUAUUUGGUAGGAGAGGGAGUUGCAAGGAGCGAUGAACUUGCAGCGAAGUGGUUUCAAGAUGUUGCGGAGAGCGGGAGAAGCAAUGGUCAGUUCAUGAUGGGUUUGCUUUACAGCCAGGGCCGCGGCGUCAAGCCUGAUGGCGAGUUGGCCGUGAAAUGGUAUCGACGAGCAGCCAGCCAAGAUCAUGGCCAGGCGCAAUACAACUUGGCAGUCGCACUGGAAUCAGGUGACGGAGUGCCACAGAACCAGUCAGAAGCAGACUACUGGUAUGAGCAGGCAGCGUUGCACGGUGUGCUUCGACAGGGUUGGUGGGACUAUUUGCGCCGCCUGUUUGGAACAAAAGCGCGCAAGGAGUUGUGA